AAACAGAAGGUGUAAUAUAAAAAGGAAGAAGUAAAUAAGCAAUCAAAGAAGAAGGAAAAGGAAGAAAAACCUAAGUGGUGGUAUUGUUGAUGAUAUUGAAAAAUGUAUGACGUAUUACAUUCAAGGUGGCAGUGCUGUUGCUGAUUUAGAAAAUCAUUCAGACAGUGAAAGGAAAUUUCAAUGGAGAUAAAUGAUAAAUUGCCGCCAUCAAGCCAUCAUUUCAAAUAUGCGUCAUUACAAAGGCCUUCGCGACAAGGCAGCUAAACUUUACUACAGAUGAAAUGAGUAAUAUAGUACAUAACCAAACACACAAACCUACCAACCUACAACAAACAAACAAUCAACCACUAACAAAUCAAUCUAAACUCUUUGCAAUAAACUGUUCUAAGUGCUAAAAAACGACGACAACAACAACAAAUAUCAUCUCUUCCACAUCUGAAACACUCCAACUGAAAGAAAAGGUGAAUUUUAUGGCUUGGCCAACAAUUCACCAGUGUCAACAAAUCAAAUUUAUAGAGUGCCAUCUAUAUGCAUAUGCAUGUGUUUAAAUCCAGUCUCCCCCCGAUGUCUGCAGGACUAUCUUCCUUAUAACUAUAAGUCUGCCCUUGUGUGUGAGUGAGUGAGUGAUUGCUUGUGUGCGUGCAAAAGAGUGUAUGCCUGCGUGCGUACAUAUACGAGAGAAACGUUAUUUAUAUAGAAAUUUAACACUGUGAGAGUUGAAGAUUCCAGCCAUUUAUCGUAGAAGUGAUUAUAAAUUUCAAUGCACGCAAACGUGACAUCUGAUAAAGGAGGAGGUGGUGGAUCAUGGCGUCUGCCUCCAGACGAAACAUUACAAGUACAAGAUUCAAAAAUCAAAGAUCCAGACUUAGACCUCGAUGAGGGUCAUAAUUGGCGAUCCAUAGUAUUUUCGCUAUUAGUGAUAAGUUUUGUUAUAGCUGGUAUUAUAACGGCCAUUUAUUUAUUAGGUUACGUAGAUGAAUUACUUUAUUGGUCGGGACGACGCAUGAUACUGGAUGAGUAUUUGCAGGGAGAUCUAACGCCUUCCCGGUUGCAGCCCUCUUGGGUUACGACCAAAAAGUAUGUUUUUCAAUCGGACGAUGGUGCUCUCUCCGUUUUAGAUACUGCCACUAAUACGGUUAGUACUUUGGCCACUAAUCACACUCUAAGACAACUUAAUGUACAGGGCUAUCAAUGCUCCUAUGAUCUGCGAUAUGUUCUAUUCAGACAUAAUGUUAAGAAGAUUUUUAAAAAGUCAUUUACUGCAUUUUAUACCAUAUACGAUGUCGAAAACGAUCAUCAUAUGCCUGUGAAAUUAAAAGACUCGCCCAAGGUACAGAGAACCCGGCUGCAAUAUGCCUCCUGGUUGGGCAACACCACCUCACUGGUAAUCGUAGCCGAUAAUGAUAUUUACCUGAGACAAUCACCAGCCGAUGAAGAAGAUUUGCGUAUAACAAAUUCUGGCUAUCAAAAUUUGAUUUAUAAUGGUGUACCCGACUGGCUGUACCAAGAGGAAAUAUUUGACGAACCAGAAGCCAUUUGGUCGUCUACAGAUGGUACACACUUCAUGUAUGCCUCCUUCAAUGAUAGCAAUGUCGGCAUGAUGACGUAUCCUUGGUUGGCAUCUGGUGCUGUUUUGACCGGCUCUGGCAUGUCAGCUGGCAGUUCAUUUCCUGAAACUAAAAAUGUACGUUACCCAACACCGGGUACAACAAAUCCAGAAGUGCAAUUAUGGAUAGUUGAUAUAACAAAUGCCUCAAAAAUUUAUCAUAUCCUCCUAAAACCACCACCUUCCCUAGAUGGCCAGGAUUAUUAUCUGACGUCAGCCGGAUGGGUAACAGAUGGUAAUCGUCAAGUAUCGGUCGUUUAUAUGAUGAGAUCUCAAAAUUAUAGCAUAAUCGCAACAUGUUUUGCCGAUAUGAAUUGGGAAUGUUCGGAGAUCCAUUCUGAAAGGGCACCCGAAGACGAAUGGCUUGAUAUACUGCCACAUCCGGUAUUUUCUCCAGAUGGAAAUAGUUUUUUAAUAUUAGCUAGUGUACAAGAAUCCGGCACGGAACAUUUUACCCAUAUAAAACAUGUAACCAUAUCACAACAAAGAAUAUCUGUUAUUUCUCAUGGCAGAUAUGAGGUAUUGAAAAUUCUUUGCUGGGAUACUGCAAAUCAUUUAGUUUAUUAUUUGGGUACUAAAGAUAAGAAACCUGGGCAGAGGCAUCUUUAUACUGUAAGAGAUCCAGUUAAUGAUGAUAAUAGAAAUUUCUUUAUUUUUAGAACUGAACCAACUUGCAUAACAUGCGAUUUGGGCGAAGCUCUUUGGAGCAGCCGUUAUUAUUAUCUUAAUUGUUCUCAUUUUGAUGCCUUCAUAAUGCCAACGUCUUCCAUUGCCACCCCACAUGGAAUAUCCUUUUAUAUACUGGAGUGCCAGGGUCCCGGAUUGCCCGUAUCGGGUGUUCAUUUACAUAAAACUCACAGUCUAGAGAGAAUACUUUAUGAUAAACGUCCAUUUUAUAUCGAACGAUUACAAAAGUUGGCACUGCCCACGCAAAGAUCGUUCGAAAUACCGUUGCCUCAUGGCAGUCGAGCUCAAGUGCAAUUAUUGCUGCCGCCCAGUUGGCGAGAAGAAUUGAGAGAUGCAGCAUUUCCCGUUAUAGUAGAAGUCAAUGGCCGUCCUGGAUCUGAAUCGGUGUCAGAGAAAUUUCGUAUAGACUGGGGCACUUAUAUGUCAUCACGUAAUGAUGUCAUUUACAUACGCCUAGAUGUAAGAGGAGCCAAGGGCCAGAGUAAAAGAUCUCUAUAUAGACACCUGGGUGGUGUAGAAGUUCAGGAUCAAAUUUCUGUGUUACGUUAUCUGCUGGAUACCAUAAGUUUUUUAGAUGAAACUCGUGUGGGUAUUUGGGGCUGGGGUUAUGGUGGCUAUGUCACCUCGAUGGUCCUGGGCACCCAACAAGAUGUUUUCAAAUGUGGUAUAGCUGUUUCACCUAUAGCCGAUUGGCUUUAUUACAAUUCAGCAUUUACAGAGCGUAUUAUGGGUCUUCCAGCUGAAAAUUACAAGGGUUAUGUUGAAGCAGAUGCAACUCAAAGAGCACGUCUGAUCAAAUCACAUGCAUUUUUUCUAAUACACGGCUUAGCCGAUUCUACAGCACCUUAUAUACAUGGUGUUCAAUUAGCAAAAUCUUUAACGGACGCCAAUGUCCUGUACAGAUAUCAGACUUAUGCCGAUGAAGGCCAUGAACUUAAUGGUGUUUUAGAACAUGUCUAUUCUUCCAUGGAACAUUAUUUUUCGGAAUGCUUAAGUUUAGAUCCAGAUGAUACAAAGCCAAAUUUGGAUCAAACUAUAGUACCAGCCGAAUAAAGUAUUCUACAGACAAAAAUAAAACUAAAUAUAAAUAUUUAAAUCAAACUUUAAGCCUUGUUAAUAAAUUUAUUUAUUUAUUUAUUUAUUUUAUUUCUGUUGUUUAAUAACUAUUUAAGUUUUACAUUUUAAUGGAAAAAGAAUGAAAAUUAAUUAAGUAACAUACUCACAACUGCAACUAAAUUAAUUAACAAAAAACCAAAAAAACUAGGUAAAAUUAACAAAAUAAAUCUAGACUAUUGCUCAAAUUAAAUUAAUUAAUUAAUAAAACUUGUACUUUUAAAUACUACUUCAGACAUAAAUGAAACAAUAACUAAAAAAAAGCAAACACUCAUUAAAUUUGUAUUAUAACAUAGAAAUGAUCAUAAUCAAAUGAUAAGUAAAGUUAUUGAAAACAUAUUCAUUCACUCAUUAUCAUAUUAAAUACAAAAACUCACUCAUCAUAAUCAGGAGAACAUUCAACCAAUCAAUCAGUCAAUCAAAAUGAUGCAAUAUUAAUUUUUAAAAAUUACUUGUUAAAACAAAAAGCUAAUAUUAAUUAUAAACUCUACAUAUGUAUUUGAAUUUAGUUGAAAUUAAAAUUUAAAGAACAUACACUCAAUUAUUUAAAAUUUUAUUAAAAAUUUAAGAAAAUAACAAAUUCAUCUAGAAAUUUACAAUAGAGCCAAUAUUCCUUAUAACAUCUUACAAGGAUUGGUCUAUAAUAGAACUUUAUAGAUUAACAAUUCAAAAAUCUCUUAUGAACUGUAAUUGUUCAAAUUUUGAUCGUUUCAUAGAUAGUCCAAGACUGUAUUGAAAAUCAAUAUCCGGCAAGUUCGACUUCAAUAUCAUAUUUGUUUAAGACAUACACAGGCCGAAUUAAAACCGAAUUUCAUUUCAUUACAUUUCCAAGUAUAAUGUCUUAAAGUUACAAAAAUUACGAUUUUGAUCCUAAUUGAGAAGUUAUACACAGAGAGAAAAGGUAAAUAUACACUCCUGGCACCAAACUGUUUAUAGUUUUUCAAUAACAUCCGUGGUCAAAGUAUAUACAUACGUACGACAACACUAUGUAAUAUAAUAAUGCCAGGGUCCCGAAUUAACCGUAUCGGGUGUUCAUUUACAUAAAACUCACAGUCUAGGGAGAAUACUUUAUGAUAAACGUCCAUUUUAUAUCGAACGAUUGCAAAAGUUGGCCUUGCAACGCAAC